AUGGCGCCCAAGAAGAAGCGCGGGCCAGUUGUGGGGCGCCAGCCAGGCGCAGCCGGCCGGCGGGCCGAGCCGUCACUGUCGGAGCGCGCUCAGUACCUACAGCGCGAAUACGCGCUGCUGUCGCAGGAGCUGGAAGCCUGCGAGGAGCGCGUGGACCGCGUGCUACAGGAGAACUCCUUCCUGGACAGAGAGGCGCUGCGCCUGCGCGAAGAGAACCGGCUCUAUGCUAGUUACGUGAGCGCGCGCGCCCAGCGCUGCGCCAACUCCAUCGUGCGGCUGGACGAGCAGAACCGCGUGGACCUAGCGCAGAUCCGGUGGCAGCGGGCAGAGCUGGCCUCACUCUACCACGGGCGCGAGGAUGGGGUGCGCGCACAACUGCUGGAGAUGGAGGCUCGAGCCACACAGAUGACGCGGCAGGUGCAGGAGCUGCAGCCGUACAAGGAUCUGCAGCUGGAGCAGCUGGCCCGGAUCCGUGCGCUGGAGCGCGAGCUGCUGCACGUACGCGUGGAGCACACGCAACUACUUCACCGUGUGAAGGGGCGCUUCUUGGAGGACAAGGCGGCUUUUGAGCGCGAGGCGCGCCAGCAUGUGCAGUCCUUGACGCGGCGUGCGGAGCAGGAGGCGGCACGCGCGCUCGUCGCGCACACUCAAGCCAUCAAAGCCGACAACUGGCGCCUGCGGCAAGAGUUGUUGCGUCUUCUCCGCCGGGCCCAACUGCUGUACGACACCCGGUACCAGUUGCUGGAACAGCGCGAGCAGCUGCGGCGCGAGCACGAGGACAUGCGGGACCUGGCGCGUGUCCACCGCUGGCUGCGCAGGGGCCCCGAGGGCCCGCCACUUUGGCAGCCACCUGUCUCCUCCCAGGCCAUCUCACGCCCCGGCUCUUUAACCUCCCCUGUAGGCGCUUCACGCACGGCCUCCCGGGCCCCAUCUGUGGUUUCGUCGCGCACGGUCUCCCAGCUCCCUUCAUUGGUGCCAUCGAGCGUGGACACUAGGGUACCAUCACUGGUCACCUCAAAGGCGGGCUCCCGGAUUCCAUCCCUAACGCCGUCGCACUCAUGCUCCCGGGUCCCAUCACAGGCAAACUCUCAGAUCCUGUUGCUGGCGCGGAUCCGCGAGGGCUCCCGGAUCUCUUCGUCCUCUUUGCAUGCGGCCUCGCAGGAGACUCUCCCUUAUGCGAAGUCUGGCCCCGAGCAUCCCUUGGGUCUGUCCCAGGAUCAGGAUAGGGCUCUUCUCCCGCCUCAGUCGGAGGAGAUCAUGAACACUGAUGCUACAACGGAAGCUGCCUCGGAGAGAGCCUGA